AUGAACGUUCUUGAUAUCCCAGACUCCGGCCGCCGUGCUGAGUCUCUCGAUGUAUCAGUCGCCAGGUUCUUGACUUGCCACCAAGGCCUUGAGCUAGGUGGACUUGGAGGGUACGCCGCGGAGCGGCAAAAACACGCGGAAACCUUUGCCCACCAUAAGCUCCCUAAGCACAAGAUCAACCCCAUCGGCACAGUCGAAUCCGCAACUAUCCCCGGGCCUCAUGGGGCCAUCCCAGUCCGAGUUUUGUACCCCAUGAAGGGGAGAGAACUAAGAACAAAGGGGGAUGCGGGAGCUCUGGUCUACUGCCAUGGUGGGGGGUAUUGCACCGGGAGCGUGGACGAAUUUGAGAAUAGCUUGAGGCUUAUAGCGGAGAAGUCGGGUUGCCUGGUAUUCGCCUUUGACUACCGGUUGGCCCCAGAAUUCCGUUACCCCGUACAGCUCGACGAAUACUCCGCGGUCGUCGACUGGGUGCAAGGGUACGGGGGCCGAUACAGGGGCGUGCACCCUCGGCGCGUGGUAGGGGGAGGAGACGGCGUCGGCGGUAGUAUGACGGCGGCCCUCUGCCUCCGUCGCCGUGACGAGGGCAAAAAGCCACUCGCGGGACAAUUGCUGUUGUACCCGGCGAUGUACUCGCCAUCCUCCCCCCCGGCAGCGGAUGAAAACAAGUCUGGGUACUACCUGGAAUACGACGGCCUCACUGGGCUUAUCGACCACUACCUGCCUCUUAUAAACGCAGUUCCGUCGUACCGCAAAUACGUCUACCCCGGCGCGCAAGGCAGUCUUCACAUGUACGGCCAGCCCCUCGCAGUCAUCUUUACCAACGGCUUUGACCCCCUGCGGGAGGGCGGGAUCGCUCACGCGAGGGCAAUGCGCCGGGCAGGGGCGCUGGCCGCUUGGAAGCACUAUGCUGAUUUGACGCAUGGGUGGCUGCGGAUGGCGCCAUGGUCUCCGGCGGCACGGGAAGCCACGUGCUAUGUCGCAGUAGCGCUCGAGAUGUUCGUGAAGGUAAAGCCGCUAGAAAAAUGACGGUUGAAUAUCGUCACCUAAUGGUUAGGUAGUUUUGGUUUAUUGAAGGGCAAGGUGUCACAACGCGGAACGCAAAGUUAUUCCUAGGGAAGAGGGUUUGGAAUCAGGACUCCAGUACUUAUGAAAGAGAG